AAACUUUCUACACAACAUAAAAACAUGUAUGCACUUUAUUUUCUCCUUAGCUGCAUUGCAGAGUGUUUUCCCUCAGACUGAGCUAGGAACUUUCAUGGCUCUGACUCGUGAAGACAAAGAGAAGCAGCUGAAAGAAUUAAGCUACAUAGUGACAGGAAUACGACUGUUUAAUAGAGACUGCGGUAAAGGAGGAGAAGGAAUUGAUGACUUGCCCGAGAUACUUAAAGAUGCAUUGAAAGUCACUAAUAAUAAUCUUGGAACUGAAUUAAAGAAGACUUUGAGGACAGCUUUCCACCUAACAGGUGUCAUAUUGAGUUUGUUGGAGCCUCUUCCAGCAUCACCAGAUGUACCACCUCCAUUGAAGAUGAAACAGUCCCUCAUUAAUGUCAGACAGCAUGAAUUCUUCUUAAAGAUGCUAAUGCAAGACAUUUCAGUAUGCACGCAGCAUGUCAAUGACCUUGAAACCGAAUUCCAAAUGAAAAUGCAGCAGCUACAGGAGACAGUGCAAGCUAAAACUGCCGUACCGACAGCACAAGUUUAU